ACAACUCAGGUAAUCAUAAAAAUAUACCUUGUAAUUUUUCCAACACUAAAAUGUGACUAUAAUCUUGUUAAAAUGCGUGCAAACUAAUAAUAAAGGAUAAUUAUUAUAUCAACAAUGCAAUAUAUAAAGAUAUAAUCUAUGAAACCCGGUUACUGAAUGGAAAAGACUUUAGAUUUGUCUUCAUAAAUAAAAAAUCCUCAAGUUACUAAAAUAUCAAUAUGCUAUCGAAACAAACAUUCGGAUUUAACGACGUGUAAUUAACAACGACGAUGUAAAAACAAGAAGGAUAUAAUACACUUUCAAUCUGUACAAGGAUGAAAUAGAAAAUCAAAAACCACUAAACAAAGUUUAAUAUAAACUUCUGUCAGUUAAACUGGCUAUUUCAUUAAAUAAUCAUGAAAAUGGAAACUGUGACAUUAGUCCUAACUACUAAUCUUUUUGACAAACCUUUUAGUAAAACAGAUUCAGGUAAUGUUUAUAAAAUGAGGAUAACUGAUGGUAAACUUAAAGAAAUAGAUGAAUAUUUGAAAGAGUUCGCAUGUGGUAGCAAAAGCGAGAAAUCCAUUCCCAAUCAUAAGAAUGAGUUUUCAGAAUGGACGGUAAAACUCAUCGAAAAACAUCAAGCAAUAUGCAAGAAAAAGGGCGAGAAACAGGAAAAGACUAUCCUAAUUUUACAUUUUUUAAUGAAUUGGUGGAUAAGUAUCACUUCUACGUUUCGUAAUUCAUAUUCCAAGCUAGUGGAAGAAACUAUAUCUCCCAUUCCUACUCCUCAUUAUGAAGAAAUUCCUCUACAAACCCCACGAGAACCAAAUCCAGGUAGGAAAAUUGAAGAAGAAAAAUGCCAUCGUCCAAAACCUUGUAUAGUUAAUUCUUGCCUUUCUAAUUUUGAACGUAAAGAAGAAAAAUCUAAAAAAGUUCAAUUUACAAGCUCACGGCAGAAACAAACAAAAAGUAACGUAAAGACUUUUGAACUUUUAAACUAUGUCCAAGCCAAAGUUAAAACCUCUGAUACAGAAGAACGUUUACCAAAAUGCAACACAAGACAGAAGUCUUCAAAGAAAACGAAAGACUCGAAACAUAAAAAUCCAACACGGUGCAACCCAGCCAAGAAAAUUCUGUAUUCGUCGAAUAGAUCUUGUAAAAUUAAAGUCAAACACAAGCUUUCAUCUAUACUUGCAAGGUUUAAAAAGAAGGAAAGAUACUUUAAAAUGGGGUUCUUCCUAAGAAGUCUAGCAUCAUGGAAGUCACCUGCUUACACCAGGCUUGAUGACCAGCGGAAUGCACAGCAACCUCGAAUCUAGGCCAAAACUUGAAUUUCAUAUUUUUGCUGCGCGUAAGUAAGCGUUCAUAUUGCUAACAUAAUGAUUCAAAGAGAUAUGUGUAAGUAAUUAUUGGAAUUAGACACUAAAUAUAUUUUAUUGCAUAGUUCGUAUACUUUAGAUUCUUUUGAUAUCCAAAAAAUCCCGAUUUCGUCACUCACUCAUGAUCAUCAAAAUUAGUGUACUUCCUAAGUUCUAGAAAGCUUAUAUUUAGUAUGUAUCCUAGUAUUAGUACACAUACAACAACAAAAAUCUACAACUUGUAAUUUUAUACCCAACAAGUUAUCAGAACUCAUGAAGAAGCAUUCCACGGGUUGUCCCGUGCGGACGCAUUUUAUUUCCUGUGUUGCGACUUUUUUUUCGGCGUUUAAAGCAGACAAUUAGUUUUCUGUGCAUAUUUUUGACCAUUAGUCACAGAAAAGGCAACUCUUGUACCUGCAAAUCUUCACA